CAGUCACUCCCCGCACAGCUGCUUCCUUGUUGUCCUGUUCGUCCCUGUGAUUUUUCCUUUGUAACAAAGUACCCGUCAGUUCAGAAGCAGCCAUGACCCAAUUGGAGAUGGCCAUGGGCCUCCUGAUGAGCACCUUCGAUCAGUACGCUGGCGCCGAGGGGAAGAAGGACACGCUCAACAAAGCCGAGGUCAAGACUAUGUUGGAGAAGGAGCUGCCUGGGUUUCUCAAGUCUGCAAAGAACCCAGAUGAGGUUGACAAGAUGUUGAAAGGGCUGGACUUUAACGGGGACGCAGAGGUCGACUUCAACGAGUUCGUGGUGCUGGUAGCUGCUCUGACGAGCGCCGUCCACGACCGCGUCUCCAAGAAGUGAGCAGGAAAACCACAAACCGGGACUCCAGCAGUGACGUGACAUCUGUAUAGUUAUUGUUAUUUUGUGAUGACUGAUUAAAGAGAAUUAUCUGUCUUUA